UCACAGGCCAUGUCAUGUGUCAUUUCCUAUACAUAUUUUUUGUACCAAACAUAAUUGUUUUUGUGACAACCAUUUCAGAAAGCCUUUUAUUUUGAACAACUUAAAAUAUGUGAUUUACUUUGGAAUAUUUUCUGCACGGAUAAAUAAUUAACAAAUGGAUUUCUUAUCCACUUUAAUGUUGAUUUCAUAAUUUAGUAAAUAUUACUAUUUACAGGAAACUGAACUGACACUUGCAGAAAACAACAAGACAAAAAAUGACAUCUCCAAUAGAAAAUUAUUUUGCGAAAAUAACGCGAUACCAUUAUUAUGCUUUUUUCUGUAUGUAUUGUACCAAAUUACCUAUAUUUUGGCACGUACUAAGUUUGAUAUUUACGUCGCCUCCUAUGGAAUACACAUGUAAGGGUGCUACGGAAGGGGUUAACCAGUGUCCUUGUGAUGAGCCUGAGUGGAAUAGAACUGUGUUCACAGAGACCCUGCAGACAAAAUACAACCUCAUCUGUGACAAAAAGUGGAUGGUCAGCUUCACGCAGAGUAUGCUUUAUGUGGGCACGCUGCUCGGAGCACUUACAUUCGGAAUUUUGGCUGAUAAAUAUGGACGCUUAACGUGCUUCUGUGCAACUUGCUUUGUGAUUGCUGUGGCGGGUGUUUUGGUGGUGUUCAUGCCGACACCUAUUACGUACAUAGCGAUGCGUACCAUUGAAGGCUGGGGCGUCGGAGGCUCUAUCGUGACGUGUUAUGUCUUACUCGUUGAGUACUGCGGGCCAAGUUACAGGGAAAUGGUAACAGCCCUCUUCCACAUCCCAAUCAAUAUUAGCCAUUUAUCCUUGGCUGGAGUAUCGUACGUCCUGAGGGACUGCGACGUCUUCCAGAUGGCAAUAUCAAUCCCAGUUAUUUUUUGCUGCACAUUAUUUUGGCUUGUUCUAGAAUCCCCAAAAUGGUUGGUUGAUAGUGAACAAUAUGAUGAAAGUUUCCUUGUGAUGCAAAAGGUUGCUAAAUUCAAUAAAGAGGACCCAGCAGUUAUUAAAGCUCAAAUGGAGUCGUAUUAUUCAGCACAUCACAGGUCAAAUGUCAUAAGAAUAAGUUUUUGGCAAAUUUUUAAAUACAAAAGACUUACUAUAAACUUUGCUUGUAUGGCCUACGUAUACUUUACAUGUGGCAUGGGCUAUUAUGGGGUGUCUCAGUACAUUGGUAAAAUGAGUGGGGACAUUCACAAGAAUGUGGCAAUAUCAGGAGCGUUGCUCAUACCGGGUACACUGACCUCCGUGUACUUGCUCAAAAAACUUGGAAGGAGAACGUUUUUAAUGAUCACAACUUUUACGUCAGGGAUCCUCAUGAUUGCUGUAAUCCUUGUACCGAAACAUCUACAGGGAGUAAGAGUUUUUAUUGCUUGUAUUUGCAACUGUUUUUUCUUCAUGUCAUUCAUCAUAGUAUUUUUAUAUGGUGUGGAAUUAUUUCCCACGAGUAUAAGGAAUUCUGUAUUAGGUUGUUUAUCAGUUUUGUCCAGAGCAGGUCAGAUCGCAGCACCACCUGUCAAUGCUUUACCAGAAACGAUCUCUGGUGCCAUAUUUGGAGCAAUGGCGAUAUUGGGGUGUGUGCUAUGUAUUCCUUUACCGGAAACUAAAAAUAGGCAAUUGCCGGAUACCUUAGAAGAUACGCAGAAUUUAUCUAAGAAAUAAAUAUUUUUUUCUGAUCUUGUAAACUGAAUGUUUUUUGUACAAUGUGAUGUUGAGUCAUCAACAAGUAAGUAUAAUAAAUGUAAAUUAAUUGUGA